AUGAGUUUUAGAGGUGGUAACAGAGGUGGCCGCGGUGGUUCCAGAGGCGGCUUUGCUGGCCGUGGUGGUUCCAGAGGUGGCUUUGGUGGUAGACCAAUUCAACAAGGUCCACCAGAUACUGUUUUAGAAAUGGGUGCUUUCAUUCAUCCAUGUGAAGGUGACAUUGUUUGUCGUUCCAUUAACACAAAGGUUCCUUAUUUCAACGCUCCAAUAUAUCUAGAGAACAAAACUCAGGUGGGCAAAGUAGAUGAAAUUCUAGGUCCAUUAAACGAAGUUUUCUUCACUAUUAAAUGUUCAGAAGGUGUUCAAGCUACUAGUUUCAAAGAAGGUGACAAGUUCUACAUUUCUCCAGACAAGCUAUUGCCUAUCGAAAGAUUCAUUCCAAAGCCAAAGGUUGCUGGUCCACCAAAGCCAAAACCUAAGAAGAAGAGAAGUUCUGCUCCAGGUGGAUUCGGUGGUCGUGGUGGUCGUGGUGGCUCCAGAGGUGGUUUCGGUGGCCGCGGUGGUUCCAGAGGUGGCUUCGGUGGCCGUGGUGGCUCUAGAGGUGGUUUCGGUGGCCGCGGUGGUUCCAGAGGUGGUUUCGGUGGCCGUGGUGGUUCCAGAGGUGGUUCCAGAGGCGGUUUCAGAAGAUAG